AUGAAUACAAGGAUGAGGAUUGAGAAGAGUAGUAUUUUGAAAAUGACUGCAAUGAUGGCUGAUGGACAAGUUACAAAGGUUGAUUCUAUAAAAGUGCAGAGUGAGAACGAUCUUUUUGGGUACGAUAGUUACACGUACUUAAAUUGGGAUGAUUUUGAAGCAGUUCUUACAAUGGAUGAGUUGACUGGUGCUGUCAUUGUGUCUUAUAUGAUGGAAAUGGUUUUGUACGCUACACAAAGUGGAUCCAACAAAAUGGUUAAACUAAAUUGGGUUAAUGUUAUGUGUCCAGUUCAGCCCGGAUCUACCGAAUUUGGCUACUACAUGCUAAGGUUCAUGAAGGAGAUAGUGGAAGAAGGAAUUGAAGUGUUGGUCAAAGACAAUGUAAGGAUAUAG